AUGCAGGCAGUCAGCGCUUUCGCAACAUGCCUACUGGCAUCAGUUGGGGGCAACUCCAGUGCAGUUGUCCUUCCAUCUCAAGCCAAUUAUCCCAACGCUGUCUCACCGUAUAACUUCGAUUACCCCGUGAAGCCCGCCGCCGUCGUCUACCCCCAGAAUGCACAGCAGGUGGCAGCGGCUGUCAAGUGCGCGGCAGAUGCCGGUGUUAAAGUGCAAGCAAAGAGCGGAGGGCACAGCUAUGGCAAUUAUGGAUCCACCACCGGAGAGCUAUCCGUGAACCUGCAGAACCUGCAGCAGUUCAGCAUGGACGAAACCACAUGGACCGCCACCCUGGGCGCCGGCCAUCGCCUCGGCAGCGUCACUGAGUUGAUGUACAACGCAGGAGGACGCCACGCACCGCAUGGGCUGACGUUUACCGUGGGGCUCGGCGGACAUGCCACGGUGGGCGGCCUCGGUGUCGCGUCGCGCCAGCUGGGGAUGACCCUCGAUUUCGUGGAGGAGGCGGAGGUGGUCCUGGCCAACUCGUCCAUCGUGCGGGCGUCCAAGACCCAAAACACGGAUCUCUUUUUCGCCGUGCGAGGCGCCGCCUCGAGCGUCGGCAUCGUGACCGAGUUCAAAAUCCGCACUGCCCCCGCACCCCCGUCGAUCAUCGCUUACACGUAUGUCUGGACGGCGCCGGACGUGGCGUCCCGGGCCCAGGUCUUCAAAGCCUGGCAGGCCUGGAUCGCCGACCCGGCCCUACCGCGGGAACUGACCCCGACGUUGACCGUCACCCCUAGCGUUAUAGUGCUGGCGGGGACGUACUUUGGCACCCAGGCGGAGUUCGACGCGGUGAACAUCACCGGCCGUUUCCCAGCUGCGCCGCAGUCGACCAGCGCACAGGUCUGGACUAACUUCCUCGAGGUGUCGAGGUUUUUGAGCAAGCAGGUCGACGGAUCCGGCACCGCGUCCCCGGCGUACUUCUACGCCAAAUCUCUAUUCGUUCCUCCGCAGGGCAUUGUCCCCGACGACCUGGCCGAUGUCAUGUUCGAAUACCUGGCCACUGCGAAGAACGGGACCGAUCUGUGGGCGCUGAAUUUCGAGGCCCUCGGCGGCGCGGUGGCCGAGGUCUCACCGACGGAGACGGCAAUGGUACACCGCGAUGCGUCGUAUGUCUUGUUUUCGUAUGCGAGGACCACUGGUAAGGUGUCGAACACGACGGUGGGGUUCCUCGACGGGCUGAACGAGGUGCUUAAAAGUGCUUCUCCGUCGGCGUACUAUGGUGAGUAUGGCGGUUGUGUGGAUCCGAAAGAGGACAACUACGAGGCGAGGUACAACUACUACGGGCAGAACCUACGCCGGCUGGAACAGGUCAAGGCGGCUGUGGAUCCCAAGGACGUGUUCCAUAAUCAGCAGAGUGUGCGUCCUCGGGCUUAG